AGGAGUUUGCGCUCAGUUGGGCUCAGCUGCUGGGCCAACCAACAUCUACAAGAAACGGGAGGGACGAGCCCUCGUGCCGCGGGUCGUCGCCUCUCGUCACAGAGCAAUGCCCAGAGCAUUCGUCUUGCUUCAUGUGUUCGCGCCUUUCCUGCAGUGUGUUGAAGCGGCGAUAGCUCUCGACGGUGACGGCAAGGAAAAUGAACGGCUCAUCGUAGAGGUCAACCAGCAUGCGGAGCUUUCGAUGAUGACCAGAACGGGAAGUGAGAGGGCCGCGGCACUCGCCUUCUCUGGUUCGUCAGUCUCGUGCAGUACCUUGAACAAGCCAGAGACUCUGCGGGCGUACUCUAGCGUCUGGGGCAACAACAGGAUUGGGACUGGUCACGCCCGGUCCGCCCUCGACUCGGCGCAGGCAUGGAGCGCCAGAAUCAACGCUCGAGGCCAGUGGAUGCAGAUGGACCUGGGGUCUACCAUGAAAGUCAGCGGCGUGGUGACACAAGGUCGUGCGAAUGGGAACCAGUGGGUGACCAGCUACCAGGUGGCCAUCUCCGUGGAUGGCAGGUCCUGGAAAACCGUCGGCACCUACACAGGCAACAAGGACCGCUCGACGAAGGUGCAGGGAAAGUUCCCAUCCCCUGUGUCGGCGCGCUAUGUCCGCAUCUCCGCUUUGGCCUGGACUGGACACAUUUCGAUGAGAGCCGCGGCCCUUCUCUGUGCUGUCUCUUCGGGCUCGUGCUCGGGUACUACGACGAACAAGCCAGAGACUCUGCGGGCGUACUCUAGCGUCUGGGGCAACAACAGGAUUGGGACUGGUCACGCCCGGUCCGCCCUCGACUCGGCGCAGGCAUGGAGCGCCAGAAUCAACGCUCGAGGCCAGUGGAUGCAGAUGGACCUGGGUGUAACAAUGACAGUCGUCGGCGUGGUGACACAAGGUCGUGCGAAUUGGAACCAGUGGGUGACCAGCUAUCAGGUGGCCACCUCCUUGGAUGGCAGGUCCUGGAAAACCGCCGGCGGCAUUUACAGGGGCAACAGGGAUCGUUCGUCGAAGGUGAAGGGGAUGUUCCCGUCUUCGGAGUUGGCGCGCUACGUCCGCAUCUCCGCCUGGACAUGGCUCGGGCACAUCUCGAUGAGAGCCGCGGCCCUUACCUGCCCAGCGCCGACCCAAGCGCCGACCCAAGCGCCGAUCCCAGCGCCAACCAGACUGGUCAGGAAAGUUGACCCUCUUCCCGUGCCCGCGCCGACGCCUGAGGCAGCGCCUCCCGUUGUGCUAGAACCAGGGCCGCAGGGGGAUCCUGGAAGCCGUGGCCGCGCCGGCGCGAAGGGAGCAGAUGGCGGCUUCGGACCUCCUGGCCCGAAGGGCCCUCCAGGCCCAAAGGGAAGCCCCGGCGACGAGGCCUCGAUGAGCACUGCUGGGCUCGCGACCAUGCCCGUCUUCGCCGGCGCGGAGGUUUAUGAUGUUCCAACCGACUUUCAGAAAGAGUGUCGAGCUCCAAGAGAGUACCGAAACUUGAGGGUUUUCACGUGUCGGGCUCUGGGAGACACUCGUUCGACAUUGUUUCAACACCGUUUCGACACAGUUUCGACCUUUUUUCUAUAUUUUUCUGGGUGCUCGAAAUUAUUUCUGUGAUGUGGCCUUUAAGUACGAUGGAAGCAACAUAAGCGGAGGUCCUCUACCUGGCGGCCCUUGUGGCCGCCUAUUUCGCCUUCACGUCGAUGGUGCUGGCCUCGAAGACGAAGAAGGA